UUCGGAUGAAAUCUGAAUCUGGGGAAAAGCUUCUUCACUUACUUGCUAUUUGAACGGACCUAACCUUACCUACCGGACUAAAUCCAAAUCAUAUUUUCUCGCGGCAGAUGAAAAGUUCGCAUAUCAUAUUUGUUGUUUUGAAUGCGCCGCCAUGAAGCUGAACAGACCCCUCGCCAAACGAUGGCCCAUCUACACGCUCAUAGCCAUAGGCGCUAUAGUCGUCAUCCUCGUCGUGGUGAUAACGCCCGUGUUGGUUCUCCGGCGGGAUCAUGAGAGGGAUCAUCAGCAAGCAAUCGAAGAGGCCAAGAGGACGCCAUCCAACCAAUCCAAGGCCCGUGUGAAUCUAGGUUAUGCACAGUAUCAGGGCUCGCUUGUAGGAAGUGAUAGUGGCGUCGCACAAUACCUUGGAAUGAGGUAUGCGGCGCCGCCCACGGGCGAGCGUAGGUGGAGAGCUCCGGUUGAACCGGAGAUGGAUAACUCCGGAGAUCAGGUGGCUGAUACCUUCGGUCCUAUCUGCUUGGGCAUAUCGGAAACAUACCCGGACAAUGGCGCCGAAGAUGAAGAUUGUCUUUAUGUGAACGUAUGGGCGCCUGCCAAUGCCACAUCGGACUCUAAGUUGCCUGUAUGGUUGUUCAUCCAAGGCGGUGGUUACACAAAAAACAGCAACGCAAACUGGAACGGCACAACCGUAGUCGAGCGCUCAAACCGUCAAAUCGUCUUCGUAAACUUCAACUACCGCGUCGGACUAUGGGGUUUCCUAGCCAGCGACCGCGUGCGCGCCAACGGUGACCUAAACGUCGGCCUCAGCGAUCAACGACAAGUCAUGUACUGGAUAAAACAACACAUAUCCCAAUUCGGCGGGGACCCAGAUCACAUCGUGAUAACCGGCGCAUCUGCCGGUGCCGGGUCCGUGGCUUUGCAUAUGUUGAUUUCGCAUGCUAGUAACAAACCAGAGGAUCGAAACCUAUUCGUAGGUGCGGUGGGAGAAUCCGUGUUCCUACCCGCACACCCACGAGUCGCGGAUCUAGAAUGGCAAUACGACCGCGUCCUCUCCUCCACAAGCUGCAACUCCAGCACCGCCGAAGACAGUCUAUCAUGCCUCCGCUCCCUAUCCACCGAAACCCUGCAAAACACCGCCAACAUCCCAUCCCCCUUCCCCAACCGCGCCGGUCUACCCUUAUUCUACUGGACCCCCACCAUCGACGGCACGCUCCUAACCGAUUCCCCCACAACCCUAUUCUCACGGGGUGCCUUCACUCCGGUACCCAUGAUAAUGGGAUCCACAACAAACGAAGGCACAGUCUUCGCCUCAAACUGCAAUUCCAGCACCGACUUCUCAUCUUUCAUACAAGAUAACUACCCCCUCCUAACCCCCACCCAAGCAACCACCAUAACAACGACCUACCCCGAAAACAUAUCCACCCCCCUCCCCCUCCACGGGCCCUGGUUCCCCGCCGCUGCCUCCGCAUACGGUGAAGUUACAUUUAUCUGCCCGGCAGGUCUAGUCCUAGAUUCCUACGUCUUGCAGCAAAACUCAUCCUCCUAUUCCUCUACCUCUAAUAAUACGACUACAACACCCCAAGCAUGGAGCUACCACUACGACGUCUUCGACGCCAGUAACUCCGCCUCCGGACUCGGUGUCCCGCAUAUCUGGGAAUCAUGGGCGGUUUUCGGUCCGGAUAGUAUAUCCGGAAUCGGAGGCGGACCGGCUAGUUAUUAUACCUCCGGCUCGGAUGGCGCGGCGGCCGUCGUUACGCCUGUUAUGGAUUACUGGAUCUCGUUUGUGAUCCACCUUGACCCGUCUGUGGGACGGACGGAUGGGGCGCCGGUGUGGGAGGCUUGGGGUAGUAGUGAUGGGAGUGCUACGUCGGGGAAUAGUACAGAGGGAGGUGGGAAGAGGUUAUUAAUACAGGAGGGCGGAAAUUUUACAAUGGAGACGGUGCCGUUGGAGCAGCGGCAACGGUGUGAGUUUUGGAAAGAUUUGGCGCCGGCGCUGGAGCAGAAGAGGAUAUGAUGGGAUGAUUGGUAUUUAAAUAAGUGAUGUUAUGAUAAUUACGUGUGAAUAUGUUAUGGAGAUAUACUUGCAAAGAGGAUGUCGACGAUAUCCUAACACUUACGAAUUAAAGAAGAGAUGUACAAAUCACAACGCGUAC